AUGAUAGGGGCACCUGCUUAUAUUGAAUGUAGUUCAAAAACACAGCUGAAUGUGAAAGGAGUUUUUGAUGCUGCAAUUAAGGUUGUGCUCCAGCCGCCGAAGCAGAAGAAAAAGAAGGGAAGGGCUCAAAGGGCCUGCUCUAUAUUUUCUUAUGAAUGUCGAAGCAAACAUGGUGCAAUUCCAUUUGUUACAAAGUACGUGAGCUCUGUUUUUGGCUAUUCUGUGCUGAGCAAUGGUAUUCUUGUUUCAGUUGAUGGUUGUGCUGACCGUAAAAAUACAAAAGAUUCACUGCUUAACUGGUAA